GUCGUUAUACUUCAUGUAAUACUCAGAUAGUGGCUCUUUCUCCGACAACAUGGCGUCUUGGGUUGAGGAAUUAUUUCCACCAAAGUUUAAAGUAAACGACUUGUUUGACAACGAUCAGACGAAACCAACUCAUCCACGGUCAAAUGAACGUUUACGGAAAAUCUAUGAAGAUGUGUUUGAAGAAAUGCUUUCGACUAGAAAAGAUACAGAAGUAUUUGAACAUGGUAGACAAGGCAUGCAAGCUGCAGGAGAAGAGGUUGGGAAAAAUACUAUUAAAUUUGUUAAAUAUUGACUGGCAUGAAAAUUUAAAAUUAAUUUUGGAAAUAAAGCUCAGCAUAUAACUGGGGGUAUGCCCUUACUCAGGCAGUAAGGGACGGUCGGCAAAUAUAGACUUCGUCCUGCUUCGCUGACUAUUAAAGACUUGUUCCUCGAAGAGGAGAGGAGAGAAUCUGGGAUUACAAAAUAAUCAGAAUGAAAACAGACUAAUACAAAAAUCCACCACAUCACUUGCCAGUUACCAACAAUCUGUGAAAAAAACGUCAAAUAUGGCAUGCUGCUGUCCCUUGAAAUAUUUUGAUGCAAUUACUGCUGAAAUAGUGUUUGUCCAGACUGGAAAGUUUGGAAAUUGCCUGCGCCGGAGAUUUCGAAAAUUUAAUAGUAAAUAUAUAGAAAGCAUCAAAAUUGCGCGCCGGAGAUAUCCGCCGCGCGAUACAAACUUUCCACACUUGGUGUUUGUGACUUUGUGGCCGACUAUUUGUCGCUCCACGCUGUUCGUGUUCAAAACAAACUUUGGUUCAAAAUUGAGAUCAAUGCAUACUCAUUUGGAGAAUACUUUUGCAUCUCUGAGUCAUUAUAAAUAUACCAGAAACAAUAGCUUACUGUUGGAACCCUAUCUUUGAUACUGUAUAUGGCUGAAUAGACAAAAUUUAAUUUAGUUUGUGUGACAAGACAUUUGACUGGCCCGAUUGGGGGGGGGGCAGAGCCAUCGGAAGAAGUCUGCGAAAUGGGACAAAAUCUAUUUGUCAACUGUCUUACUGUCCCUAAUUAUGCGACUUGACUCCAGUGGUUUUUUCCAGAAAUCUUUGGUUGAUAGCUGAAUAGCUGAGUACAAAAAAAAAACCAUGACCAGCCGACAAUUUAAAAAAAUAAAGUAAAAAACAAAUUCCGAAAAUACAGGACAUCUUGAGAAUUCAAUAUAUAAUUCAAAACAGGACGCAGUUUGAGACUGUAAAUUUUCGACUUUAUUUCAAAGUCAUCUUCAGACAGAAUGAAAUACAAUACUUUACAACACAUAUAUAUACAAUGCAGAGAGAGAGCAUCUGUCAUGUGGGGGGAAAGAAGGAUUAUCCAAGCGAAGCGAAACAUGAUAAAGAAAAUAGUAAUAACUGAAAAUGGAAUAUUUAGCUAUAUUUACAACAAUGUUUAAUAUAUUAAAAGGAUUAAGGUAGAAAGGGAAAGACCCGACAUGUAGAAGAAGAUUGAGUUAAAGUGUUAUGUGAACAGUUGUAGUUCUUUACUAGCUUUAAGUCCAGUGUUAAGAAAAGGUUUGUUGUGUUUGAUAAGCAGUGCUUCAAGAAAAGCAAGAAUGUUGUAAUUGCUAGAUUCGACAAUGUGAAGUAUUCUGUAGCUGUUCAAAACAAGGUUUUCAAUAGGAGAAGAGUUGUUAGAGGGCAAAGGAAGAUCGUUGAGUAAUGUGAACUGGUCUUGUAAAGUUGCUAAGAAUUGAGCAUGUUCACACUCAGAAAAAUGUUGGCCCACUGCACUAGAAGAGAGCCUAGUUGCAUGCUCUUUCAAACGUACAGACAGGGCAUCUUUGUGUCAUGCCAAUAUAGGUUUUGCCACAACCAGGGCAAGCGACCUCGUAUACAAGAUUACUACGAGAUAAAGGAGGAAGUUUAUCUUCGUUGGAAACAAAAUAAGAGAGCUUUUUAGUGUCAUAAAUAGUGAUGAACUUAACCGGUUUAGAAAGAAAUCUUUGUAUUUUAUUAAGACAUGAUUUUAAAAGAAAAUCGCCACGGUUUCCGAGAUAAGGAAUACGAAUCCAAAUUUUAGGCAACAUAUCAUCAUCCGUGUCAUGAUUAACGGCAUCGAAAGUAGAACUAUCAAUAAAUUUGGUUUUAAGCUUUUUAAUCAAAAAGUUUCUAACGCCAUUAGGAUAACCAUUCCAAGACAUAAAAGAUUUGAUAGUUUCAAUUUGAUUGUUGAAAAGUGUUUUCGAACUGCAAAUUUUAAAAGCUCGGUAGAACAGAGAUUUUACCCAUGCAGUUUUGCGAUGAAAAGGCUCGAAACUUGAAAAAUGUGAAUACUGACCGGUGUGGGUGUCCUUACGAUAAAUGUCAGUACCAUCAACCGAGACUUUUACAGUGUAUGUCUAAAAAAUGAACUACGCCAUCGGGAAAUGUAUCAACUGUGAAAUUUAAGUUCGGAUCGAAACUAUUGAACUUAGCUAAAACCGCGGAAAUAUUGGAAGGUUUUAUCAAAACAAGAGUGUCAUCAACGUAACGUUUGUAGAAUUUUAUAGUACCAUCGGCAAUCAACUCGGAAACUAUUAAUCUUUCAAAUUCAGUCAAAAUUAUAUUAGCUAAGACAGGUCCUAAUGAUGAACCCAUAGAAACACCGUCUUUUUGGACAUAAAUUUGCUCGUCAAAAGAAAAGGCAGUUUUGUUGCAACAAUCCAAAAUGAGUUUCUUCAAAGUGCGCUUUUUCAAAGUGGUUGCAAUUAAUUCGUCUUUAUAAAUACGGUCUAGAACAAUUUUGACUGUGCAGGAAAGUGGAACGUUGGUAAAAAGGGAUUCAACAUCGAAAGAAACGAACUGGUAGCCUUCUUGAAACAAAUGUUUCUAUGGGUUCAUCAUUAGGACCUGUCUUAGCUAAUAUAAUUUUGACUGAAUUUGAAAGAUUAAUAGUUUCCGAGUUGAUUGCCGAUGGUACUAUAAAAUUCUACAAACGUUACGUUGAUGACACUCUUGUUUUGAUAAAACCUUCCAAUAUUUCCGCGGUUUUAGCUAAGUUCAAUAGUUUCGAUCCGAACUUAAAUUUCACAGUUGAUACAUUUCCCGAUGGCGUAGUUCAUUUUUUAGACAUAAACGUCUCGGUUGAUGGUACUGACAUUUAUCGUAAGGACACCCACACCGGUCAGUAUUCACAUUUUUCAAGUUUCGAGCCUUUUCAUCGCAAAACUGCAUGGGUAAAAUCUCUGUUCUACCGAGCUUUUAAAAUUUGCAGUUCGAAAACACUUUUCAACAAUCAAAUUGAAACUAUCAAAUCUUUUAUGUCUUGGAAUGGUUAUAUCCUAAUGGCGUUAGAAACUUUUUGAUUAAAAAGCUUAAAACCAAAUUUAUUGAUAGUUCUACUUUCGAUGCCGUUAAUCAUGACACGGAUGAUGAUAUGUUGCCUAAAAUUUGGAUUCGUAUUCCUUAUCUCGGAAACCGUGGCGAUUUUCUUUUAAAAUCAUGUCUUAAUAAAAUGCAAAAAUUUCUUUCUAAACCGGUUAAGUUCAUCACUAUUUAUGACACUAAAAAGCUCUCUUAUUUUGUUUCCAACAAAGAUAAACUUCCUCCUUUAUCUCGUAGUAAUCUUGUAUACGAGGUCGCUUGCCCUGGUUGUGGCAAAACCUAUAUUGGCAUGACACAAAGAUGCUUUUCUGUACGUUUGAAAGAGCAUGCAACUAGGCUCUCUUCUAGUGCAGUGGGCCAACAUUUUUCUGAGUGUGAACAUGCUCAAUUCUUAGCUGAGUACGGUACCAUAGAUACCACAAAGCUACAUUUGCCCCCUGUGCAACAACCUAAAAUCCUUCCUUUCCAAUAUUUCGCAAAAUAGAUUGAUGGUCCAUUUAAAUACAGCAUAUAUGGCCCAUUAACCAUGAAGUGUCCACAACUGUUUGAUGACCUCCUGAAAUUUGUAUAUUUUUAAAUUUGGAGUUGUUAAGAAGUCUCAUUUUGCAUGCCCAAAUCAAACUCAUCAAAGUCACUGUAACUUGAGUUAUUUCUUUCAAGUCUAAGACUCUAAGUCAAGUGAGUAAUUUUGUCUGUAACCGUGCAAGUUGCAUCAGUGAUGCCGUACAAUUCUUUUAACAACAUACUUGGGGUAUCACCCAAUCAUGUACAUUAGUCAUUACAGGCUCACAAUCUAGAAAGGACUGAAUUAGGUUUUAUGCAACUACACUACAGUAUUCAUUCAGAUCUAUCGUAAUGUGCAUGUUGUAUGCAAUUAUUGGACCAAAGUUGCCACUGGCUGGCUCUUAGAUUUGUCAGUGGUUCACAGAUUAUUGAUUUGCCUCUGCCUUCAGCAAAUAAUUGAACUGCCACCAGUGACAAUUCAUGAUUAUUUUGCUCGUGCAAUCUUCUCCUACAUUUGUAUAUAACAAUAUUAGCUGAUGUGAAACUAUUAUUAGUGAUCACAGCACAACUAAAUAGUGCAAUUAAUUUCCUGUGGUCUGUGUGGACCAACUAACAUGCCUAACAUGUUGCUAUUCCUACACUGUCGAUUGCACAAUGCAGUCAUGAUUAAUGGAAUAUUUUAUUACAAUUGUUACAUAACGCAGCUGCAUUACACUAGAUUUAAUCUAAUGUUCUAAUAGAGUCGGUAUUAAUUUAAGCCUCUUCUGUUACUUUAAUUUUAUUCUCUAAGGCAAGACAAUUUCAUUUCAACCACAAUCCCAAAUACUAUGAGCAAAAAUACACCUUACCUCCUUCUUACCUGUUACAGUCCAACUUCUUUGAUUAAUUGCUCUUAAAUUAUUAAAACCAGUGACAAAAACUGUGGAAGAUGAAGCAUUAUUUAUUAUAUGGCAAACAUAACUUCCGGUGAAAUGGCGGACUGCAUGUGAUUAUAGCUGAGAAGCACUUUCAGCGGUCCAUUAUUUUCCCGUAAUGGAUCGGCGGUCCAUUACGUAAAAACAAACGGAUGCAUUUUAAAACAAAACAGCAAAACUAAUUGAAAAUUUGAAAAUUAUAAUUUAAUUUGUUACCGGUAUUAAUAAGAUAUCUGCGAAUGGUUUUUAGUGGAAAAGAAGGAAUACAUUGGUAUUUUUUGUUUUCUUCGACCAAAUGUGUAUGCAUUAUUGCAUUUCAAAUCAUGCAUUUCUUGUUUGUUUCAAGUAAAAUGCCUAUAUAAAUGCCAUAUAAUAAACUUUUUAUUAACCUCGCUUGCUCGGUAUGUAAAAUCCUCACCCUACGGGCUCGGUCUGUACAAAAAAGACAUCAGUCCGAUAUUUCUCUGUACAGACCUCGCGUUCGGUUAAUAAGAAGUUAAUAAUGUAAAACUAAUUACGAAUCUUUUACGAAAGUAAGAGUCUAAGAGAUGCCCCUGGUUCCAAAAACUACAUGACUUUGUCCAUAUUUAUUAUUUUCAAUCCCCUCCCCCUAGCCUUGCAAUGAACCACCAGUAACAAGAUUUGAUUUAAAUUUCUAGGAUAGUCCUAUUACGGUUGGCAGUCCGAAAAUUACUGCAACAGAGCCAAGUCAGGUAAGCAAUUCAAAGUUAGUUUGCAAAGAAACGAGAUCUGAAGACGGUGAAGGUAAAUGUGUAUGGAGUACGGAAGAACUGAAAGUACUUCGUAAUUCUUUGAAGUGUUCAAAAUUAAACAAUAUUCGCUUGAGUGUCCUCACACAAGCACUGCAAAAAGACUGCGAGCGUGUCAGGAAUACCUGCCAGGAACAAGCAAGCGAGAUUCUAAAAUUAAACAAGAAGUAUAAUGAUGUCAGGAAACAAAAUAGAGCGAUGAAAAUAACUUGCAAGGCUUUCAAAGAGGACGCAAAGAACGCUCAAGAAAAUUUAGAAGACUGCCAAUGUCGGUUUGAAGAUGCUAUCAGAGAUAAAAAGUCAGCAGAACUUGAACUGGUCAAAAUGAAACACGAGUUAGAAGCUGUCCAAAAACAAAACAAGGUGUUGCAGUUCGAAUUCGAAAAACAACAGAUGUUGCAGGAGAAACUUUUGGAGAAUCAAAAUAUUUCUCUUAGAUCACUUUAUGAAAGAGAAAUAACAGAUCUGCUUGAAAGGUUGGAUAAAACUGAGAUUUGUCUGGAAAAGGAAAAGAAUGAGCAUACCAUAACAAAAAAGGCUUUGGCUCAUUUGCGGUUACACUUCGCAGAGGAGGGGCCUUAGCUUUGAUAUUAUUUCAGUGUUUCCUGUGGUCUGAGAAGAAAACGAAAACUAGUUCGGCAAAGUGCAUGAUGACUCCGUCAUUUUGUCUUGUGCACAUUGCUGCAACGCGAUACCAUAUAUUGUCUGCUUCAUUUUGUACUUUUUCUAUCAUCAAUCUGUAGUGCGGAAUGUGUCAACAAGUAAUGCUUUGACCGGUGUUUGUCUAGUGAUAUUUUGUCUAGAGAUAUUUGCGAUAUUUGAUGAACCUGUAAAAUCUGCAAUAAAAAUUCCAUCAC